GGGUCAGAACCCCACGCAGCUCCGCCCGCUCGCCCCACUCGGCCGCGACCCUCCUCGCGCCGCGGGGACGCAGCGCAGCCGUACCGAGCGAGGCCCAGCCGGCGGCUGCAAGGCGCGAUGGCUGCCGCGGCCCUGCCCCCGGUCACUCGGCAGGUCAGCGGCCGCGCCGCCGCGGUCCCGAGCGGCCCCGAGUGCGGGCAGCCCCUGGCCGCCGCCGUGGCCGAGCUGCCGGUGCUGGACGCCUCCGGGAGGCGGGUGCCGUUCGGCGCGCUGUUCCGGGAGCGCCGCGCCGUGGUGGUCUUCGUGCGGCAUUUCCUGUGUUACAUCUGCAAGGAAUACGUAGAAGAUCUGGCCAAAAUCCCCAAGAGUUUCUUACAAGAAGCAAAUGUCACCCUUAUAGUGAUUGGACAGUCAUCCUACCAUCAUAUUGAGCCCUUCUGCAAACUGACUGGGUAUUCUCAUGAAAUCUAUGUUGACCCUGAGAGAGAAAUUUAUAAAAGAUUGGGAAUGAAAAGAGGUGAAGAAAUCGCCUUUUCAGGAAAAAGCCCCCAUAUAAAGUCAAAUAUACUCUCAGGAAGCAUUCGGAGCCUGUGGCGCGCAAUGACCGGCCCUCUUUUUGAUUUUCAAGGAGACCCGGCUCAGCAGGGCGGAACCCUCAUUUUAGGUCCAGGUAACAAUAUCCAUUUUAUCCACUGUGAUAGGAAUAGGUUGGAUCACAAACCCAUCAACGCUGUUUUACAGCUUGUAGGAGUUCAGCCUGUGGACUUUACAGGCAGGCCUUCAGUUACCCACGUGUGACAGGACAGGCUCUGUCGCUUCCCCCUGGACCCUUGGGAUGUGCCUGGAUGUGGGAGUGGAGUAUCCUUGUGCAGCAUCUAACUUGGUGGCUCUUCCCAGCCUUUGAGGAGUUAUGAAAGCAUGAAGAAACCAAGUAGCAGUUGAAUUGCAUGCUAAGAGGAUCAGUUAUCAAAGGUGUGAUAUAUAUUUAUAAUUUUAUAGCUUUUAAAGUUUUCUACAAAAUAAAACUUUAAAAGCUAUAAAAUUAUAAAUACCAUUCUGUAUUUUACCUUAUAGUAUAUCUAUUCAGUGACAGUUUUAGUUGGCCAUUAAAACCAUAAGUUGUUAUGAAAAACAUUUAAGGGGAAGGGUAAGCAAGUCAAGACCAUUUUAUUCACUGAAAAGAGCAGGAUAUCAAAUUCUGUAAACAAUAUAAUCACGUUUUUAUGUAUAUGUUUAUAUUUUUGUAUGCUUAGAAGAAAAGACAGAAAAUAAAACCAGAAUAUUGCCAGUAGGUGUCUCUAUG